AUGUUCGGACAAGUCCUCACACACAACUCCAGCCUCCGGAAAUUGGACCUCUCCAACAACACCAUCGGUGCGGCAACCGGAAGAAAGUUGCAGGAAUGCAUAGCCUCUAACCAGGCCCUGAUUCAUUUGGACCUCCGUUUCACUGGAAUACCUCAAAUUUCCGAAUUCACCCUUCAUCAAACCAUUGAGGCCAAUGAUAAUCGAUAUCGACUGGAGAGGGAAACAGGAACGGGGACCGAGGCUGUGAAGCUGCCGGGACUGAUCAGUGUCGCCGUGAACGACGUUAAACAAGUCUUUAAGAAGUCGCGCCGACGACAAUCUGUGUUUACGCAUUAA